AUGCAUUUUGAGUCAGCUUUUUCAGACGGUCCGAAUUAUAUAUGGGAAACGGACCAUGCGAAUUUAAGGAUGUUGACAUGUGAUUACUCAGUUCCACCGGAUCGAUACAAUGAAAGGAUUGGAGUAGUCCAAUGUCAGAAAGCACUGGUGAAUGCUCUAAUCGAAAGGUGGCAUCCAGAUACACAUACCUUUCACCUUUUGAUUGGUGAAUGUGCUGUGACGCUUGAAGAUGUGGCAAUAAUUCUUGGUCUUCCAACGGACGGUCUUCUAGUCACAGGGAUGACAAUGAGUAGUUUUGAAGCCUUGGAGGCGGAGUGUUUACACCAGUUUGGAGUGGCACCUAGUAAGUCGGCAUGUAGAGGUGUGCAUUGUAAGUAUCUACCACUGCUUUGUAAUUUUGGGAGUAUUGGACAGUACAGUUGGAGAUUGGCAUGCUUGGUACAUCUAUACAAGGCGUUAUGUAAGGCAUCUCGUUAUGAUUGUAAAGAGAUCGAUGGUCUGCUAACAUUUCUAUUUGGUUGGGCUUGGAUCCGCCUGCCAUAUCUAGCGCCGCUUCCUAGGGAAUCCCGCAGUUUUCCGCUUGCAAACAGGUGGCGUAAUUGGGAGCGUAGAGACCGUCGCUAUAGAUAUCUUACGCUUGCUCACUUUAGGAAGGCCUUAGAUGAUCUUCAGGAAGGUCAUGUGUGUUUUCAGGGUACCUUGGAUACUUACAAGGACUGGUAUCGGGCAAAAUUUGGGGACCGUUUGAAUUUGUCUAGCCUUGUUGUUUAA